CUCGAAUAUUCAACCAAAUUUCAAUCACUCAUUUCAAAUCCGCCAAACAGUAUACUCACGUCAUCUCCCACUUCCCAAAUGAUAAGCAGUAUAGCUUAUAGCAUUCCACUUUAAACGCAAUGAUAAGCGGAUGUACUUAUAUUUUUGAUAAGACCAGUAGAAAAUGGUAGACUCUUCUGCCAAAAUACGCAUCGAAGAUCGCGAGACUAAGUCCCCCCCACCCCAACUUUCUCUUUUCCUUCUUUCUCUCUCUUUCUAUCUUCUUCGCAUCCUUGGAAAUUUAUACAUUGGACUUUUGCUGAAAACCCUAGAAAUACAGCUGAUUUUGUUGAGUUUAGGUGCUUUGAUCUCGGUUUUUGGGACUUUGUUGAUGAUAAUUUGUUUCAAUGUCAUCACUUAGUAGAGAAUUGGUGUUUCUCAUACUUCAAUUUCUCGAAGAGGAGAAGUUUAAGGAGGCUGUACACAGGCUUGAACAAGAAUCUGGAUUUUACUUUAAUGUUAAGUAUUUUGAGGAGAAAGUUCAUGCUGGCGAAUGGGAUGAAGUUGAGAAAUACCUGUCUGGAUACACCAAGGUUGAUGAUAACCGAUACUCAAUGAAGAUUUUCUUUGAAAUCAGAAAACAGAAGUAUCUUGAAGCUCUUGAUAGGCAAGACAAGCCCAAGGCAGUUGAGAUAUUGGUAAAUGAUCUGAAAGUCUUCUCAACAUUCAAUGAAGAUUUAUUUAAGGAAAUUACACAGCUCUUGACACUUACGAAUUUCAGGGAAAAUGAGCAGCUAUCCAAGUAUGGUGAUACUAAAACAGCUCGUAGCAUCAUGUUAGUAGAGCUUAAAAAGCUAAUAGAAGCAAAUCCCCUUUUCCGAGAAAAGCUUGUUUUUCCUACCUUGAAGUCAUCAAGAUUGAGGACUCUGAUUAACCAAAGUUUAAAUUGGCAACACCAGCUGUGUAAGAAUCCAAGGCCAAAUCCAGAUAUCAAGACUUUAUUCAUAGACCACUCAUGCACACCGGCAAAUGGCAAUAUCGUACCUACACCUGUCAAUCUUUCACCUGCUGCAGUCACGAAACCCAGUGUUUAUACAUCGCUUGGAGCACAUGGUCCCUUUCCCCCUGCUGCAGCCAAUGCAAAUGCUAAUGCUUUAGCAGGUUGGAUGGCAAAUGCUGCUGCUUCUUCUUCUGUCCAGGCAGGUGUUGUUUCUGCAUCAUCUUUAGCUGCUCCACCAAAUCAAGUAUCCUUUUUGAAACGUGCUGCAACACCCCUUACAACACUUGGUAUGGCGGAGUAUCAGAGUCCUGAUCAUGAACAAUUAAUGAAACGUUUGCGGCCUACCCAUCCAGUUGAAGAGGUUACAUAUCAAUCUACACGACAACAAGUGUCAUGGUCCAUGGAGGACUUGCCAAGAACUGUAGCCUUUAGCAUGCAUCAAGGAUCAACUGUAACAACCAUGGAUUUUCAUCCUUCUCAUCAAACAUUGCUUCUUGUUGGAUCUGUGAAUGGUGACAUCACGAUUUGGGAAGUUGGUUCGCGUGAGAAACUGACAUCAAAAUCGUUCAAGAUAUGGGACAUGUCAACUUGCUCUUUGUCCUUUCAGGCCUCAUUUGCCAAAGAUGCACCCAUGUCUGUGAACCGUGUUAAAUGGAGUCCAGAUGGAAAUAUUAUUGGUGUGGCUUUCAGUAAACAUUUAAUCCAUUUAUAUGCUUAUGGUGCGCCAAACGAUUUACGCCAGCAGUUAGAGAUUGAUGCUCAUGUUGGAGGAGUGAAUGACUUGGCCUUUGCUCAUCCAAACAAACAGCUGUGUGUUGCUACUUGUGGGGAUGAUAAGUUAAUAAAGGUGUGGGAUUUAACUGGACGGAAACUAUUCAAUUUUGAAGGACAUGAAGCACCAGUUUACUCUAUAUGCCCUCAUCAGAAAGAAAAUAUUCAUUUCAUAUUUUCAACUGCAAUUGAUGGUAAGAUUAAGGCAUGGCUGUAUGACAACAUGGGAUCUAGAGUUGACUAUUCUGCCCCUGGUCAUGGCUGCACCACCAUGCUAUACAGUGCUGAUGGCAGUCGAUUGUUUUCUUGUGGAACAAGUAAAGAAGGGGAGUCUUUUCUUGUUGAAUGGAAUGAAAGUGAAGGAGCACUUAAGAAGACUUAUACUGGUUUCAGAAAGAAAUCAAGUGGCGGUGUUGCACAUUUUGACACAACUCAGAACCACUUUUUGGCUGUUGGAGAAGAAAACCACAUAAAGUUUUGGGACAUGGAUAGCAUCAAUAUUCUCGCUACCACAGAUGCUGAUGGUGGACUCCCGAUUUUCCCACGCUUGAGGUUCAACAAGGAAGGUAAUCUUCUUGCUGUUGCUACUGCUGACAAUGGGAUCAAGAUUCUUGCAAAUGCUUCUGGCUUGAGGUCUGUAAGAGCAACUGAAGCCCCCCCGCCUUUUGAAGUAUCAAAGUCUUCAGUUGAACCAGCUGCAAUUAAAAUACCUACCUCUUCUGCUAUUGCUACUCCUAGUGCUGUUAACUGUAAACUGGAGAAAACCUCACCUGUCAGACCUUCCACCUUUCUCAAUGGUGAUUCUGUGGGACAAAGCUUAGAAAAGGCAAGGAAUCUGGAUGAUGUAACUGAUAAGAUGAAACCAUGGAAGUUGACAGAGAUUGUAGAUGCUGCCAACUGCCGCCUAGUCACCAUGCCAGACAGCUCAGAUGCCUCCAAUAGGGUUGCUCGACUUCUUUAUACAAAUUCUGGAGUUGGGGUUGUAGCCCUUGGAUCAAAUGGUGUUCAAAGGCUGUGGAAGUGGGCUCGCAAUGAACAAAAUCCAACUGGAAAAGCCACUGCCAAUGUUAUUCCACAACAUUGGCAACCAAACAGUGGUCUUCUUAUGACAAACGAUGUGACAGGUGGGAAAAUUUCAUUGUUCAACAUGAUGACAUUCAAGGUCAUGACAACCUUUAUGCCACCUCCACCUGCUUCAACCUUCCUAGCAUUUCAUCCUCAAGAUAACAAUAUUAUUGCUAUUGGUAUGGAGGAUUCAACAAUUCACAUAUACAAUGUUCGGGUGGAUGAGGUGAAAUCAAAGCUGAGAGGUCAUCAAAAGAGGAUAACCGGGCUUGCUUUUUCUACCCAUUUGAAAAUAUUGGUUUCGUCAGCUGCCGAUGCUCAUAUUUGUUUUUGGAGCAUUGAUUCAUGGGAAAAGAGGAAAAUGGUACAAAUACAACUGCCUCCUGGUAAGUCAGCUACAGGUGACACUCGAGUCCAGUUCCACUCCGAUCAGACACAAUUGCUUGUGUCCCACGAAACACAGUUGGCACUAUACGAUGCUUACAAGAUGGAACACAUACGUCAGUGGAUCCCACAAGACAACCUUUCAGCACCCAUAUCUUAUGCUUCAUACUCAUGCAACAGUCGACUAGUCUAUGCUUCCUUUUGCAAUGGCAAUAUCGGUGUAUUUGAUGCCGACAACUUAAAACUAAGAUGCCGCAUUGCCCCUUCUGUAUAUAUACCACUACCACCAUCGCUAUCAAACGGAAAUCAAGGACCGUACCCAGUUGUGGUGGCGGCGCAUCCGCAGGAGCAAAAUCAGUUUGCGGUGGGAAUGUCGGAUGGAGCUGUUAAGGUAAUAGAACCUUUGGAAUCAGAAGGAAAAUGGGGUGUAAGUCCACCUGAUGAGUAGUGUUAUAUAGAUUAUUAUAUUGUUAUUAUUUAAGAUAGGAAUGUGGCGUGUUUAUAAUAAUCUUCCAUCUCCCUAGUGGUUGGUUAAUUUUUAUGAAUUUAUUCAUUAAUCAAAAGCAUAAUGCCUAUUUUAUUCGCUAAUUCUCUUAUGUGUAUAUGGAAUGUGUAUGAAUUGUGAUGCUCCGAACCUUCACCGUCAAGAAUGGUGUAAUGGGCUCUAGUUGUUUUUGAAACGAUUCUUGAAGUUUGUUAGUUUUCAAAAACAUGUAUAAAACUAUUCUGUAAGUUUAUUCAGG